AUGUGCAAGCUCACUCUAACUGCAGGUCUCUGUCUGAUCAUCGCCAGCUUGGCCUCUUCCUCCAGGCUGGUGUGUUACUAUAACAGCUUGGCUGAAGACAGAGCGGAGUACGGGAAGUUCACAGUUUCAGACAUUGAUCCCGACAAGUGCACCCAUCUGAUCUACGCCUUUUCUGACAUCAAUAACCAACAUGAGCUGGUCCCCAGCAGAGCAGCUGACAUACAACAGUAUCAGGCUUUCAGUGGACUCAAAACUAGAAAUCCACUGCUCAAAACCCUGUUGGCGGUUGGUGGCCUGACCUUUAACACACAAAAAUUCAGCACAAUGGUGGCAACACAACAAAACAGAACAGAGUUCAUCCAGUCUGCUAUCACAUUGCUGAGAGCUCAUAGGUUUGAUGGGCUAAAUCUUGACUGGAGAAACCCUGGAGGAGCUGGAAGCCAACCACAGGACAAGCAAAGAUUCACACUGCUCUGCAAGGAGCUCAAAGAGGCCUUUAUGGCCGAGGGAACAGCAGAUAACCGAUAG